GUUUCCUGUUCCCUUGCCUCGAACCCUAUGUCCUGGCUUUUCUGCAAAUUUAACAUAGUUAUAGUGUUAUCACAUGUUUAUUCCUAUAUCCACCAAGCAGCGUCGUCUCCUUUGCAGAGUGAGGUGCCUAUACCUAGCCAGCCUCAUCAGGACCUGUAUGCAGUAUUCCGCUCUCUAAACUGGGAAAGAACGAUUACCUUUGCUUACUGCGAGCAUUUUGGGCCAGUCGUCGAUGAACGGCCUACCUGCUUUGCUGCCCUUUAUUGCACUUUACGCAAACAGAUUGUUUCCUUAUGGAGAAGCGAUAUUUAAACGUUGAUAACUAAGAGAAAAUAUCAUAGCGUGCCAGUGAUGGGUGGUGCUGCUAAAACUGCAACGUCCUUGCUGGAUGAGGAGCCACUAGGCCUCAAGCCCGAGGCGCUGAAGUUGCUAGCUUGGAGUAUAUGCUGCUUGGUGCGCAAAUGGCAUACAGAAUAUGGGGAGCCCCAUGGAGCCCUGGAGCCCGCCACAAUCCUGCUUGCAGCCGACGGCUCACCUCACAGCUUAAGCCACGCCCGAUACCACGCCCAUCAUGUUUCCGGGCCCAAUUUUGCCAGCAGUGACGACGCCUCGGCUAGUGCCCUGCGUGCUUUCCCUAGCCACAGCCUCGGCCCCAACAGCUCUAGCCCCGAUGCCCAUGGCAACCGAACAUACGCAUGUGGGCUCUUCGAGGAGGAUUACGAUACCGGUGUUAGCGGCAGCGGCAGCGGCAGCAGCACCGACGCCGCCAACGGGUGGUGUUUGGCUCCGGAGCAACUGCUUGGGAAGCACUGGGAGGGGACUGUCGGGACCGCUGUUGACGUGUUCUCCAUUGGAUGUUUGGUGGCGGAGCUAGCCACCGGACAGCCGCUCUUUCCUGGAGCCUCUCCCGCGGAGCAGCUGCGCCGCAUGACCCGCUUGCUGGGGCCGCUUGCUUUUGUCGGUACCGCCAAGCCGGCAGCAGCAGCACCGUCAUCGCCAUCAAUUGCGACUGCGAUGGGUCCCCAUGAAGCACAGACGGAUGCUGCCUUUGACGACAACACCGAUGAUGGUGGCGGUGGUGGCGGAGCGCUGGAAGACGCCAGGCGGAGGCGGGUAUUGCGUCAAUGGCUGCGCAUGCGGCUUACUAGUGUUGGCGGCGUUGUUGGAGAAACCCUUGUUCGGAAGGGCUGCCGGGCCGUUACAGUGGAGGAUACGACUGCCAAGAAAACGGCAACUGAGGUGUCAGUGGUGGAGCUACCAGAUGGUAACACAGCAGCAGAGGUGGAAGAGGAGGAGGCAGAGCAGCUACUCGGGUUGCUGGAGUCAUGCCUUCAGGUGGAUCCGAGCCGGAGACCUAGCAUGGAGGAGCUCAUGCGGUUGCCGUACUUUGCAGCAGUGGCUGUACGACAAGGGAGGGAGGAGGAGGGUGACGUAGGAACCCUUGUUGGCGGCGGCGACGACGGCGGCAAAGAUGGGGCUGUGGACGCCCUGGCAGCGGCGAAGGCGGCAGCAGCAGCAGCAGCGGUAGGGGAUGUAACACCGGUAGGCGAUGAGGAUGAUCGAAACGGAGCCACAUCUGCCAACGCCGCUCUGCAAUGUCCCCUUACUCCUUGCCCAAGCCUUAAAACCUCAGAAGCCUCCUUGUGUACGGCAGCUGCUGCUGCAGCAGUUGCUGCUGCUGAUGGUGGCACCACUGGCUCUUUGGACAGCGGCAGCGGUGGCAGCACUCCCCCAGCAGACACGUCCGCAGGCACUUCAGAAAGCCCUCACCAGCAGCAACAGCCGCUGAAUGUGCAUCCUCAACUGCCUCCACCACAGCAGCCUCAGCAGCAGUGCCAACAGUCAGCCGCUUCCGAUAGCUUUACGUCUCCUCGUGUGGCUGGCGGUAGCGGCCGCAAGAGCACCCGCAGAGAACCCUCACGUCUCCGGCUUACCGUAACCUGGGCUGGCGCUGAGGAGGAGAAGGAGCGGGAGCAGGAGGAGGAGGUGGAAAGGGGCGUAGAGAGAAGGCCGCUGGAGGAUGGGCGGGCUGGCACUGCGGUUGGGGCCCGGACGCGCAAUUGGGGGGCACCGGAGGCCUGGAGCGGCGCAGAAGAGGUGAAGGAAGUGAAGGGAGGGGAGGGGGUCCAAGCAAUUGAGCCCUCCCCUUGGGGACGUGCGGCGGCAGCAGCGGCUAUGGCGGAAGAGGAGGCUAAGCCCUGCGUGCACGGCAUCGUUCUUCCUCCGGGGUGUGCAGUGGACCGCUCCUCUUGUGAGGGCUCCAUCAGCUUCGAUGUGGGCCCUAUCCUCGGCCCCAGGGCUAGCGCCUCCUCUGCUGCUGCAGCAGCCCUUCCCACGGCGGCAGGACUCUCCCUCCGUCGCCAGCUCACAUCACCGCCUACAUGCCUCUCAGCAGCACCCCCUUCCCCGACGCCUCCAGCACAGUCCCAAUCGUAUCCCCGAAGCAUCCGCCGGAUCUCCUCUCCUCCGCGAUCCGUCUCCCUCCAGGGUACCAGCUGGCAAUCCGAGCAGCUGCAAGCACAACAGGACGCCUGCAGCUGUGCUGACGGGGCCGAGGUUGGGGUCGCUGAUCGUGAUCGGGUGUCGUCAACCCCUCCCAUGCAGCCCACGCAGCCGCAGUCAAGGUCGGGAACAAGACCGCCUCGUCGCGUCAUCUCCGAAUCCCUCCUGGCCCCGCCGGCGGGUGUGACGCCCGCCCUCAGAGCCGCUAUACCGGAGGACCGCGUGGUAAGCGACAGCGGAGGAGUUGGUGCCGGUGGUGCGGGGGGCGCCGGAGCGUUAGCACAACGAGGAGUUACGAGCCUUACAGCAACACGGCCUGCCCGGGAGCGCUCCUGGCCUGCCUGCCGGGAGGACCCUCCUGGGGAUAACUUCCUGCAGCAGCGAGGCCGCAGCGCCGGCGACAGCAGCCGCCACUUGCAAGCACGCGACAGCAGCAAGGGCGUUACGGAUGGCGGGGAAGGAGGGCGAGCAGCAGGGGGGGGCCUGGAUCCCGCAGCGGCUCAUGUCGCAGGGCGGCGCAGUGUGAGUCUGAGUCCGCAACGGCUGCAGCAGCAGCAGCAGCAGUGUCCAUGGGGGUCGGGAGGACGGCAGUCGCAGCGAAGCCGCUACAGCUGUGGCGGUGAUGUUGGUGGUAGCAGUACUGCCAGCAGCUUUCCGGAGUGUCCGGAGGGCAUAGAUCUUGGAGAGGACGCUCGAGGCAGCGAGGGCGGGAGGUGUCUUCAAUGCAGUGGCAGUGCAGGAGGGCCUGAUCGGGUUCCGCAAGCCGCGGGCAGCCCCCGCAGUGCCUUACCUCGAUUGCUAAACGCACUGCAGCGGGAGCUCAUUUCGAAGCUGCAAGCAACACACGCGCCUCCUUCUCGUGCUCCAUCGCAUCCCUCGACUGUUGCAUCUGCUGCUGGUUGUGGUCCGUUGUCCGGCACUGUUGCGGCUGCUGCUGCUGCAUGCGGCCUUGACAGCAGCAAGAGGAAGAGCUCUGGCGGGAGUCGGGCGCUACCGUUACCGAUGCUGCAGCAACAGCAGCAACAGCUGCAGCCGCAUCAGGAGCAGCAGCAGCAGGGCCCGCGUAACAGGCAGGAGCAGCAGCAACAACAGCAGCAGUUGACUGUGUUGCCGGACGUGCAGUGCGAGGAUCACGAUUGCGGCUGGGGAUCCGUCCUCGUGAGCAGCCCUAGAGGAUCAGGGCUAAGGGCGGGGACAGGGCCAGUGGUCAAGGCUCCAUCGCCUCCAAGUGCUGCUGCUGAGAAGCUGAAUGUAGAGCAGCCAGGCAGUCCGAGGUCAGACCAGCAGGCGGUCAGGGCUCACAUCCUGCCGGUCGUUGAUCCGGUUAGCAACUGGUCUCGGGAGGCGGACCCAGAUGCGUUUACCGGCAUGGGUCCGAGCUCCGGCGCUGGCGGCGGCGGCGGCGAUAAGCAGGCCCGACAGCAGCAGCACCCCCGCGGGGUAUCUCAGCCGCUGCCGCUGCUUUCGCAGCAGCUACAUCCGCGAAGAAGGUCAACCCUGGAGACGGGCGCCUGGGUGCGAUCGCGCAAGUCCCCGCAGGAGCCAGACAUGCAGCGGGACGCCUGUCUCGUGACGCAUUCGGAGGUGCCCUUCAAACACCUGAAGACCCUCUCACGGCAUCGCCCGUCGCCACUGCUGCUCGCGCAUGCGGAUGCAGAUGGGGGUGGGAGCGGAGAGCCGGAUGUGGCGGUGUCAGCGCCGGUGGGGAGUCCGGGUGCGAUUUGGCGUCUGGCGGCGGCGACGGCGGCGGCAGCGGCGGCGACGGCGGGCGCAAGGAACCCUCCCUGGAGUCGGGGGAAGUCUCGUGAGCGAUUGCGGCGGUACU